GGUUUCUGUUAAGUUUGGGAAUGUUUAUUUGAAUUAAGUAUUUAGUUUAGUUUAGCGUAAGUUUGUUGUGAAUAAUUUAUAAUAUCAAAUGUAUUUAUAUUAUGGCGGACAAACGAUUAACAAACAGUUUCAAGAGCUAUGUUGGGUUAGACGAUGAUUAUUUGAACACAAGCAAUGAAGAUUCGUUUUCAGAUCAGUUGACUGUUCGACUUUUACCUGGUGAAUCACUUGUCUCUGAAGCACAGAAUGUUCUCAUGUUUGCACAAGUGCGAGAAAGAAAGCAAGGAAAGUCUGGGCUGCUCUGCGUUACUAACUUCAAGCUAUCUUUCAUCACAGCUGAUGAAAAGUCAAAAGAGGAAGUGGCUUUUCAAGACGUACUUCAAUUAGGUGAAAAUGAUGUUUGCUUGUCGAAUAUUGAUGCUCUUUACUUGUUUGGGGACAAAAAGAGGAAACUAGUGCCUGACAGCAGAAACAUAACAGAAAAAGUUAAGGGCCUUCAUAUAAUAUGCAAGAACAUGAGAAUGUUAUCAUUCAGCUUCAAAUUUUCUCCGGUGGGCCAUGGAAAAACCCUUACUAAUGCUCUUUUGCACCACGCUUUUCCCAAGAGGCAUCAAUUGCUGUUUGGCUAUGAUUAUAGUGAGCCGCAGUAUCCAUGUUCGUCUGAAACUGUGAUGUUCCGCGAUGCAGGGGACUGGGGUAAAGAGUUAGCGAGAACUCAAGCCCAAGGCUGGAGAUUAUCAGCAGCCAAUCAUGAUUUCCAGAUGUUUUCCAGCUUACCUCGGUGGUUAGUGGUGCCAUCUAGAGUUCUUGAUUGGCAGCUUGGUGAAGCUGGACGACAUUUCAAUUCCGGUCGCCCGCCGCUUUGGUCUUGGAGUUCACCCUACGGAGCUGCGCUGGUGAGAAUGGCUGACAUUGUACCAACAAUUACUGACAGGGUGCAAGAGAAUAUAAUGCUUGAGUGUGUGAGAAAAACUCAUCCUCGAUUGGCUCCUCCGAUCGUUCUCGAUCUCACGAAAGAUCUUCCUUCAUGUCGAGAGUUACAAAACAGUUAUCUUAAACUUCGAGAACUUUGUACACCAGAAGAUAUUAAACAAUUCUGGGUUCAAGACCAGCACUUCCUUUCUUCUUUGGAAUCCUCAAAAUGGCUUCAGUACGUCUCUGCAUGCCUUGCAAAAUCAGUUCAAGCUGCCAAUAUCUUGAUGAGGGAUACGACAGUUGUCCUCCAAGAAAGCGAUGGAAGAGACACGUGUUGUAUCGUGACCUGUCUAACACAACUUUUACUUGAUCCUUAUUUCCGUACUAUUCAUGGAUUUCAAUCUUUGGUUCAACGGGAAUGGGUAAUUAUGGGACACCCAUUUUGCACUCGUCUUGCUCAUGUGUAUCAGCAAGAUGUAUCCAACCAGUCUCCGAUGUUUCUUCUAUUUUUGGACUCUUGUUGGCAACUACUCCAGCAAUUCCCAACACAUUUUCAGUUCACCGAGACUUAUCUAACUGUUCUAUGGGAAUCUGCCUUGCUUUCGAUCUUUGAUACUUUCUUAUUUGAUUGUGAGCGCGACCGAAUGGCUGCCAGCGCUGAGCCUAAUGAUCCUCUGAUCUUGAGGAGCGUCUGGGACGAGCUCGUCAACUCGCGGGAUGCGGCUCUCUUCGUGAAUCCUCUUUAUUUUCCUUCUGAUGAGAAGAUUGAUCCUCUCUCUUUCAAACCCUCUCUUCCAAAUAUUCAGCUCUGGCUCCAAGCUUAUUGUCGCUAUAUUCCUAUCCUAGAAAUUAGUGGAGGUGGCCCACCACAGAUUGACUUGACCGCUCGAAUGUUAACUGGACAAGUUGAGGGAGGUUUCGAAGGUCCCCCGCCUAAAGUUGGAUCCUUUUUUCCUUUUUCGCCUCCUCAUGCUUCUGCGCCUCCUCCGGCAUUAUUACUAAGCUCGCUAUCUUUGAACACCAGUUUCCAUUCUUCAGAAAUGAUGUUGGAUUCACAGUCUAUUCUGAAUGCUCCUGAUUAGAUUUUUUUAAAAUGUUUUUCAUGAGGCAAAAAGGGUACAAAUGCAAGGAAAUGUCUAGUUACCACUAUGGAUAUGUUUCCUUCUCUGAGAAAGGAACUUACUAUAAAUAUAUAUAUUAAGGUAUGUUUUUCUUUCCUGAGCAGUCCUUGGGCUGUUUUACAUUGAAAUGCCUAUCUAAAAGAAAUCGUAUAGGUGAGAAAUGUGAUUGUAUAUUUUUUUAUAUUUCUGUUCAAUGAUAUUGUUAUAAAUAUAUCCUACGUUGUUAUGAAAGUGGUACUGUUAAGAAAUUUUAAGAGUUUUAUUUUUAAUAAAAAGAAAACCCUUAAUCUGUGGUAAUUGUUGGAUGUUUUGAAUUUUGGCGAUUGUAAUAAAUGUAUACAAUUCUCAAUAAGCCCCUGGAUUUUGCUUGCACAGUAAAACCUCCAUUUACCAGUAUAAAGAGAAGGUACAACCAAUAAAUAAAAAUUGUACAUUUUAAUUUAUCAGAAUAGAAGCGAAGGAAAAAGAAUACUUGUACAAGUAAGUUCAAAUAUUAGUAUCUUAAACAAGUGCCUAAUAAAAAAUAAAUUUGAAUCAUUAAAAAUAGUGUUAUCUAUUAUGUUCUUAAUGAUGAAGUAAUGUUUCCGUUGUAAUCAUGAUCAACUGCUAAUUCGGCUAUUUUCAAAGAUAAAGUCAUCUAAUUCAGUCUCUCAUCCUCUGUGUGAAUCCAUGCCCAAUAAAAGAGAAAAUGAAUUUUCUAUUAUAGCUAGACAUGUUGUUUCACUCCCUCUCCACAAUUUGCCGAAGAAUUGAUUUUGUAACAUGAUCAUUUCUAUCUAAAAAUGUUCAUAGGUUAAUAUUAUUUUAAUCUGUUCCUUUGUUGGAAAUUAUUUCAUCAAUAAAAAUUUUCAGUUGGUUAAUUUGAAGCAAGGCCAAUUUAUCAUUGCCUAAUUGAGGUUUUACUGUAUCCAAAAUCAGAAAAAAAUAAAUGAUUAAGAAUCACACUUAUAUAUUUAAUAUAAUAUAGUAUUAUGAGAUUUAUUGAAUGUUAAAUUUAU